AUGGGAGCUCGCCAACUCAACGGGCGGCCCCGCCAGGCCGGCGUUCCCAAUGCUACUGUACCUGAGGACUGGGGUAACCGUGUAACGGGAUGGGGCCAGGGUGGUAGUGUGGGGAAGAGGCGGGGGAGGGGGUUGUGGGAGGCAGCAGACGCAUGGUUCAAGAGCCUGUUUGCGGUUAAGAGUGUGGAUGAAGGGAGUGGGGAGAGCAGGGAGGAGGAGAGGGAGGAGGGCACUGGUGACGGUAACGAUGGGAGCGAUGACAAGGAGAACAAUGAGGACAGUGACGACCUCAGUGCCAAAGUGGGGAGUGAUGAUAGCAGCAGUGACAGCAGCAGUGAUUACAACAGCAGCAGUGUCGAUAGCAGUGACGAUAGCAGUGACAAUAGCAGUGACAAUAGCAGUGACAAUAGCAGCAGUGAUUAUAACGAUGAUGGCAGCGAUGACAAUGCUGACAAUGAGGACAGUGACGACAGCAGCAGCAGUGGCAGCAGCAGCAGUGACAGUAGCAGCAGUGACAGCAGCAGCAGUGGCAGCAGCAGCAGUGGCAGCAGCAGCAGUGGCAGCAGCAGCAGUGGCAGCAGCAGCAGUGGCAGCAGCAGCAGCAGUGGCAGCAGCAGCAGUGGCAGCAGCAGCAGUGGCAGCAGCAGCAGUGACUAUAGUGGUGAUGAUGGUAGCGAUGACAACGGGGACAAUGAGGACAGUGACAAUCUCAGUGGCAACGAUGGGAGUGACGACAGCAGCAGCAGUGACGACAGCAGCAGCAGUGGCGACAACAGCAGUGACUAUAACGACCAGGACAGUUACAAUAGCGGUGACAGUAGCAGCAGUGAUUAUAACGGGGAUGACAUUGACAAUAACGACAGCAGCAGCAGCAGCGGCAGCAGAGACAGCAGCAACUUCAUGCCAGUAACCCCACCAUAUGCCACCGCCCCUGCCACAUCACUCUCUCUCGUUGUUGCCAGCAGCGAUACUGGAGAACAGUGGAGUGGGCCGCUGCUGGGGGUGUUCGUCUGGUAUGAAGGCAACUAG